CCUCUGCGCAGUCACAGCGAGAAGGCAGCUCGGAUGAGGCCGGAUGUUCUUUCGGCGAGGGCCGGCGACACACGGACUAUUAUCUGCAGCGGAUGCUUCUGACGCUCUGCCACGAUCGGCCAUGUGCAGUGUAUCUAUCGAAGGUCUUGACUCUUGAUUUCGUG